AUGAUAGCAGGAAAACGCAAACAUAGACUUCCUCAGGAAAGGCCUGUGGAAGAUGGGAACAGUUCAUCUGAUAUAGAGGAGCCUAUGAAGAAAGAACCAGAUCUCGACAACGAUGAAACGCAGAGCCUUCCCUCAUGUCAGUCUGAUGACCUCGUUGUGGACCUCUCUACGCUCGCUACUGCUCAAUCUGAUGACUCUGUUGAGGUCACUGCCGCAGCAGGUGCUGAACAAACUGGCGACCUUGAAGCGCACCCUGACAACCAGUCGGAGAAGGAAGGGAAAACCCCCGACGUGAGAGUAAAUGCUGGAGAUGGAGUAAAGCCAGCAGAUGGAGUAAAGACAGCAGAUGGAGUAAAGACAGCAGAUGGAGUAAAGGCAGAUGAUGAUGUACCUGAAAAGGAAAUCAUUUUCGAGAGGGAGGUUGUCAAUCUUAUAGAAAGUGAACAGGAGGAGCGCAGUCAUUCAGUCUAA